UAUAUUGGGAAACAAGCAUUUAUUUGUAAGGUUGUAGUUUAUUGGGAGCAGAUAUUAGCACUAAGCGAAGAUGGGGUUAGCAACAGCAACAGCAACAGCAAGCAUGGGUUCAGUUUGUGUUUGUGCUGCAUUAAACAUUGCAAAGCCUCUCCUCCCGACCUCUGCUUCUUCUCUCUACUUUUGUUUUCAGAAAAAGUGCAAUUUAAAUCUUCAAAAAUCAGUUCAAGACGCUGCAGACUCAAAAAUAUCAUGUAGUUUACUAAAUGUGGAAGAUGUGACAAAUGAUGAGGCAUGUGAAUUAGUCAAUGGAGUGGAGCUUUCGCUUGGGGAGGGUGAUGAUAAUAUUCGUGCUUAUCUGUUCACAGCAGUAAAAAAUAAUAAUGGAACUGGUAUAUUGCUUCUUUCUGAUAUUUUUGGGUUUGAGGAUUCCUUCACCAGAGAUUUUGCAUAUCGAGUAGCUUGCAAUGGUUACAACAUUCUAGUUCCAGACUUAUUUCGUGGAAAUUCAUGGACAAAGGACCAGCCAAAGACUGCAUUUGAACAAUGGAUUGCUAGACAAAACCCUGAGAGGAUUGCAAAAGACAUUACCACAUGGACAACAUGGCUGGUUGAUGAAUUCAUGGCUGCAGGAAUUUCCAAAAAACUUGGCAUAAUUGGUUUCUGCUUUGGAGGUGGCAGAGUGUUAGAAGUUCUAGCCCAAGAUCAAGGUGCUUGUUUUGGCACUGGAAUCUCCUUUUAUGGAACAAGGAUGGAUUCCCUGGCUGCUUCUGAUACUAAAGCUCCUAUGUUGUUUAUUUUAGGGGACAAUGACCCACUUUGUGCUGUAAGUGAAAUUGAAAAUAUUCGGAAGAAAAUUGAUGGGCCCUCCAAAGUAGUGAUAUUCCCAGGUAGAGGUCAUGGCUUUGCACACCGACCUGGAUCUCCUGAAGAUGAUGUAGAUGCAGAACAAGCCUUUGUGAUUAUGAGAGACUGGCUAUGUGAUCAUUUGGUGCUGUAAAAUAAAAUGCUUUUAAACUAUCGAAAAAAUGUUUAUCCUCUUAGAUGAUAUAACUUAUAUCAUUUUACUCUCACAAA